AUGACUAGUCUUCGUUCUGGUCUUCGUCCCAUUUAUGAUUCAGAUAGGCGUUCCUAUCGUCUGCAACUGACCCGCCUCAGCGACACUGCUGCUUAUGGAGCCGCAAUCUUGGCUGCGAAAAUUCGGGCUGAAGUUACGCUACAGCGAGAGUUUUGCAAGCUCAAAACUUAUGUUCUAGCUCGUCUUGAGAUUACUGCACAAGGCGAAGUCAUCAACUGGGUAGAAACGAGCGAGCUAAACUCGAUCAACCACGAAGUUGUCAUAUCUUAA